AUGGCAGGACUUGUGGAGAAGAUCGAGAUCAAUUGCGAUAUGGGUGAAGGCUUUGGGCCCCGACGACGAACUCAUAAAAUACAUCGACGUAGCAAACAUCGCAUGCGGAUUCCACGCCGCGACCCAUCGCUCAUGCUCAAAACCGUGCGCAUGGCCAAAGCCCACAACGUGAAAGUGGGCGCCCAUCCCGGCCUAUUUGAUCUAUUCGGCUUCGGCCGCCGGAGGAUCGAAGUCGAUCCCGAAGACAUGUACGCGUCGAUACUAUACCAGGUCGGAGCACUCAAGGCAUUCCUAGACGCAGAAGACGUACCGCUGAACCACAUCAAACCGCACGGGGAGCUGUUCUUCUACAUGCAACGGGAUGCCGUGAUUAUGGAUGCCGUGCUACGCGCGGCGGCCGUGUAUAAAGUCCCCGUCUAUGCGUGCAAGAAUGCGACGCAGAAGCAGAUGUGUGCAAAGUACGGGCUGCCAUUUCAGGAGGAGCUGUAUGUGGAUAUUGAUUAUACGCCGGAUGGAGCGCUGGUGCCGGUUGCGAAGAGCAGGAUGGCUACGCCGGAACUGAUAUACGAGAGAAUCACGAAAUGUGCAGAGACUGAUGAGAGGGAUCACAAUGAAGGGGGGAUGUUCAAGGUAGGGUUUGCAGGGACUGCCUUUAGUAUCUGUCUUCACAGUGAUAUGCCUACUGCAUUGGAGAAUGCGAAGGCGGGAAGAAAGGCUGUGGAUGAGGCUAAUGCAAAGCUCUUCCCCGAGGCAAAGUAG